CCCAUGCUGAAGGUUUGUCAUUGGAAGAAGAGGAAGGAAGAGGACGAAGAAAAAGGGAGAGGAGGAACCAAAGGGUUUUGCUAUAGAUGUUUGUGUUUGUUGCUAUUAGCAUCGUUAGAUAAGUUGGAUUUGAAUAAGUGGCAAAGUAAAAUUCGCUUAGGUUCACUGGGACGAACUUUUCAGUACCCACCAUUUUGGAUUGGUGUUGAAAACAUCCGUAAAACCGUAUGGAAUUGGCGUUGCGAUAAACAACGAUCCACAAAACUAAAGAUGGAUAUGUGCGCAAAGAGCUUGGAGCGGGAGACGGAAACGCAAAGGAACUCGAAAGCAUAACAAAGUCAUCAUUUACUGAAGAUAUCAUAGUCGUUGUAUUCGCGGACAUCAGAGAUAUUGAGGAUACAACAGAUAAAAAUGAGAUCGUAACAGCCAUUCUGGAGGCAUCGGUCGAAACUAGUAGUGAAGGAAUCAAUAUGCCCAAUAUCCAUGAUUUGUUUGGCGGUACAAAACAAGCUUUGAUGGAAAUUACUGGUGACAUAGCGAGCAAAAUACUUAGGAGAAAUAAAAUCGUAAUAGACCUAGUCAUAUGCUGGAUUAGCAGAAAAGACUUUGCCAAGCGCUGUUUAAGGUGUAUGAAAAAAGGUCACCUGGCUCGUUAUUACUAAAGGAAAGAUUGCAACAAUGCGAAUUAAAUUAAUUAAUUACAUGUUUACAAAAAGGUGGGUAUUAAGUUCGUGUUUCACAGUGAAAUACAAAUGUUUUUCACAAUUAUUGUACUUUUUUGAA